AUGGGGGUUGGAUUGGGUUACUGCAUUGCGGGUGCGGUAGCUUCUCCUGACCGGCUUGUUGUUGCAGUGGAAGGGGAUUCAAGAUUUGGGUUCAGUGCAAUAGAAGUUGAGGAUCGCGGGAGCUCAGGACAGCAAAAAAAUAGUGAGAGAAAGAAAGUAGCUGUGGCUUUCUUGGCCAUCGGAGUGAUAUUCUCCCCGGAGACCUUUGGGUCGAAAUCAGACGGUUUGAAAUCGCCCACCCUCUCCACCUACCUAAAGUUGGCACAUCUGCUCUGUUUCUCCACCACAUUCGGCGCCGCUCUCUGGGUCACCUUCAUAGGCGGCAUCAUCAUGUUCAAUAAUCUUCUGCGACAUCAGUUCGGGAAUCUUCGGAGCAAGAUGUUUUUGGCAUACUUCACGAUAGUGGGGAUAUGCCUUGUAGUAUCAGCUGGGUCGUUUGGGUAUUUGCAUCCGUGGAGCUCUUCCUCUGUUGCCAAUAAGUACCAGCUCGACUUUUUGCUAUCUGCCUCUGCUUUCAAUCUCACCAAUCUCUUCGUCUUCACUCCCAUGACCAUCGAGACUCGCCCCACCGAGGACCAGAAUAAAAAGAAAGAAACACAUAGAAGAAGCAAAAGGGGAUCGGGGCGGUCAGUAGCAGUUACAGUCGAGACUCGAUCGAGUCGGAAAUGGCUUCCUCUCCAUCUCCCCGCCUCCUCAUCCGCUUCCCCACUGCAACGCCUCUCCACCUUCAAAUCCUCAACUCCCACCUCCGCCACACCAACUACCGCCACCACAUCCCCCUUAGACACAUUCGCCUCGGACCCAAUCUUCUCUGUCUUCCUCUCCCCCUCUUUCUCCUCCACCACCUUCUCCUCCGCCGCCCUCUCCUCUGGCUCCCCCGCCUCCACCGCCGAAAAGCUCCAGCAUGCCAUCCGCCUCCUCGAGUCUCAGCUCCGCUCCGAGGUUCUCUCCCGCCACUCCGACCUCCUCGCCCAGCUCUCUUCCCUCCACCACGCCGAUCACGCCCUCUCCACCGUCAGAUCCUCCGUUGCCGCCCUCCAGUCCUCCCUUCGCCACACCCGAUCCGAGCUCUCCGACCCCCUCGCCUCCAUCCGCACCCUCACCAUCCAGCUCCAAAAUCUCCAUGCCUCCUCCGAUCUUCUCCACCACUCCAUCAGAGCCCUCCGCCUCUCCAGUAAGCUCCGAUCCCUCGCCUCCGACGGCACUGAGCGCCUCGAUCUCGCCAAGGCCGCUCAGCUCCAUUGCGAGAUCUUAGCUCUCUACAACGAAUACGACCUCGCCGGCAUUGAUGUGGUCGAUUCCGAACUCGAGUGGGUCAAAGAGACCGGAGACAAGUUGCGUACGGAGGCGAUGAAGGUACUGGAGAGAGGGAUGGAGGGUUUGAACCAGGCCGAGGUGGGGACUGGGCUGCAGGUGUUUUACAAUUUGGGGGAGCUGAGGCAGGCUAUGGAUCAGCUGAUUAUCAAGUAUAAGGGUAUGGGGAUGAAGAGUGUGAGUGCAGCAUUGGAUAUGAAGGCAAUUUCGGGGUCGGGAGGAAGCGGGUUUGGGCCGGGUGGGAUCAGAGGAGGCGGGGGCACGCCGCAGAUUGGAGGUGGUGGAAAGGCGAGGGAGGCGAUUUGGCAGAGGAUGGGGAGUUGUAUGGAUCAGCUGCAUUCGAUAAUGGUUGCGGUGUGGCACUUGCAGAGGGUGUUGUCGAAGAAGCGCGACCCGUUUACUCAUGUUUUGUUGCUUGAUGAGGUUAUUCAGGAAGGUGAGCCCAUGAUAACAGAUAGAGUGUGGGAGGCCCUUGUGAAGGCUUUUGCCAACCAAAUGAAGUCUGCUUUCACUGCAUCAAGUUUUGUUAAGGAGGUAUUCACUAUGGGGUAUCCAAAGCUUUUCUCUAUGAUAGAUAAUCUUCUUGAAAGAAUUGCACGUGACACUGAUGUCAAAGGAGUUUUACCGGCUAUUACGUCAGAGGGAAAGGAACAACUGGUUGCAGCUGUUGAAAUAUUCCAAACAUCAUUCUUGGCACUCUGCUUGGGUCGUCUAUCAGAUCUUGUGAAUACUGUAUUUCCAGUUUCCAGCCGUGGAAGUGUUCCCUCUAAAGAACAGAUCUCAAGAAUUAUAUCACGGAUUCAAGAAGAAAUAGAAUCUGUUCAGUUGGAUGGGCGCUUGACUCUUCUUGUAUUGCGAGAAAUUGGCAAGGUUCUUCUCUUGCUUGGUGAACGAGCUGAAUACCAGAUAUCAACUGGUCCUGAAGCACGUCAAGUCAAUGGUCCUGCAACCCCUGCACAGCUCAAGAACUUCAUGUUAUGUCAGCAUCUCCAAGAAAUUCAUACACGCAUAUCAUCUAUGAUUGCAGGACUGCCCACUAUUGCUUCAGAUGUGUUGUCUCCCUCAUUAGGUGUAAUAUAUGGGGUUGCUUGUGACUCAGUGACGUCCUUGUUCCAAGCUAUGCUUGAGCGUCUGGAAUCUUGCAUAUUGCAAAUUCAUGAACAGAGAUUCGGUGUGCUAGGCAUGGAUGCCGCUAUGGACAACAAUGCAUCACCUUACAUGGAGGAGUUGCAAAAGUGCAUUCUUCACUUUCGUAGUGAGUUCCUGUCUAGGGUGUUGCCUUCGAAAACUGCUCCCGUCGGAACAGAGACCAUAUGCACCAGACUCGUUAGGAGCAUGGCUGCACGGGUUUUAAUAUUCUUUAUCAGGCAUGCUUCUCUAGUCAGACCCCUUUCAGAAUCAGGGAAGCUAAGGAUGGCUAGGGACAUGGCUGAGCUGGAAUUAGCAGUAGGGCAAAACUUGUUCCCAGUAGAGCAACUUGGUGCACCGUACAGAGCCCUUCGAGCAUUUCGACCUCUCAUCUUCUUGGAGACAUCCCAACUUGGAGGAUCUCCUCUUCUUCAAGAUCUACCACCAAGUGUCGUACUUCACCAUCUUUACUCCCGAGGUCCCGAUGAAUUGCAAUCACCAUUGCAAAGGAACAAACUAACACCUCUUCAAUACUCAUUGUGGCUAGAUUCUCAAGGAGAGGAUCAGGUAUGGAAGGGUAUCAAAGCAACACUGGAUGACUAUGCCACGCAUGUUAGGGCCCGAGGUGACAAAGAGUUCAGCCCUGUCUAUCCUCUAAUGCUUCGGCUAGGGUCAUCUUUGACUGAAAAUGCUCCUGCGACCCAAAAGUCUUGAUGUCCGGUGCAUCUCUUGUAAGGAUUUAUGUCUAUACUCGGCAAUUUUGAUAGGAUAAUGUGGGGUUCGUAGCUAAUCAACUCUGCAGGACAACGAGCGGUACCGGUUCCUCAAAAAUUCAUUAUAAUUUGGUUUUGUAUCCAUUCUUUCUCGUCGCCCUUGUAUUUGUGGUAAUAUUGUCCUCUGUUCAUGUAAUUAUAUUAGCUACACAUGGUAAAUUGUUCUGUUACAUUUUCGUAUCGGUCAAAUUCAAGCUUUAUUUCAAUAUAUUUCCCCUCAAACUUUGGUGGUGA